UUUACUCGUAUUGGACACAAUUCUUCCCUCCUCGCGAUGGCGCACCGAUCACGGAAGCCAAUGUGUCCAACCUGGCUGGAAAGGUGUUCAUCGUGACGGGUGGGUCAUCCGGGAUAGGAUAUGAGCUCGCGCGAGUCUUGUAUGGUGCCGGUGGAAAAGUGUAUAUGCUCACACGGACGAAGAAGAACGCGGAGGAGGCUAUUGAUCGCAUAAAAGCUCACUAUUCUGAUAAAGAUGCAAAAGUAGGAAGCUUGGAAUUUGUACCGAUGGAUUUAUCAGACUUCAAGAGCGUCAAGGCGGCUGCGCAACAGUUUCUCGACAGCGAGGGACCGGACGGGAGACUUGACGUCCUGUUUAACAACGCGGGCACUGGCGGUUGGAAGGACGCCCCGCCAACUGCCCAGGGGCACGAAUACCAUAUUACCGCCAAUUCGGUUGGACAUUUCCUGUUAGCACGACUAUUAACACCCAUUCUCACCGAGACGGCCAAGAAGUCCCCCAAGGACGCCGUACGAGUGGUGUGGGCUGCGUCGAUCCUCGUCGAAAUGACGAGUCCGAUAAACGGGAUUACGAAGGAAUUUUUGGAAGAUCCUUUCAGCGAGAAGCACGCGGGUGUACUAUACGCCCAGUCGAAGACAGGAAACUGGUUCCUAGCUACCGAAUUUGCACGACAUCAGUCCGAAUCCGGGCCCUUCGGAUGCGGAAUCGUCCACAUCGGCGGUAACCCGGGUAGUUAUAACACCAAUAUCUGGCGUCAUGUCAAAGAUCUGAUUAAAUAUUACCUCGUGUACCCCACGCUGCGUGAUCCGGUAUAUGGCUCGUAUACGUACAUGUGGAUGGGUUUCUCGAACGAGGUAACUAUGGACGAAGCUAAAGCUGGAAACUAUGCGAUAUGUGAUGGGAGGUGGCAUCCGGGACAGAGGGCGGAUCUUCUUCUAGCGAUAAAGGGGGAAGGGGAAGGGGGUUCAGGGAGAUCGAAAGAAUUUUUCAACUGGUGCGAAGAGAAAGUAAAGGACUUUGUGUGAAUUAAUAAGGGUCAACUAUACCUACCUACCUGGGUACGCACCUAGAUAGAGGUGUUAGAGGAUCAUCAAUUAUAUGGCUAGAUAUAUUUCGGGUUUUAGAAUGAGAAGGCAUUCAACCCUCUCAGCUUACUUUAGGUUAGCUGAUAGGACCUAUCUCCGAAGAAACUUGAAAGCCACGAAUGCCACGGAGGGUAGUAGACGACGAGAGAUUAUAUAACAUUAGCUUAUUAACGAUCAAGUGGAAUGGAAAUCAAAUCACAUAGCUCUAUGUAUGAGUUUCUGAAUCUGGGUGAAAAGGCAGAGCAGCCUGCCGUGCAUCUGCCGGGUUGUGAAUUGCCUCGGUGGCUAUUAGGAAUACUCAACGUUUGAGGAGUUGUUUCGUGCAGGGAACUAAACGAGUACUUAAGCGGCGAGUGGUUUAUCGUAGCUGUAUGCCAACUUUGCCAACACGUUCCGGCUUUGUUCAGUAAG